AUGCAAGACCCUGGUCAUCGCCAAGUUUCCCUCCCGCCCCCAGGCCCUUCCCUGGCCCCGGACCCUCCAAGGAGACAGCGGCAGGAGCGCACGGUCUACACUCAAAGCCAGCAGGAAGUGCUAGAAAGUUCCUUUCAGAACGACCAGUACCCGAACUAUGACAAGCGACUGAAUCUGGCGAAGGCACUUGGCCUCAAGGAGCACCAACUGCAGGUGUGGUUCAAGAAUCGCCGCGCCAAACUAGCUCGGGAGCGACGGCUCCAGCAGCAGCUCCAGCGCGUCCCUGGGCGGAGAGGCCGAGGAGCCCGUGCUGCACCCCUAGUCCCUGCAGCCUUCGCUUCCCUCCCUGGGGGUCCUGAGUUCCCGCAGAGCCGGGGUUCCUGGAUCUCCCCUCAGCCAGGCCCCUGGGGAGUCCUCCCAGCAGCAGAACCCACGAUCUACAGCCUCCACCGGACCUGGGGUGGCCCUGGGUGUGGAGCCCAGGGGGGCCUCCCGGCUGCCCAGGGUCCAGGCCCUGGCCCAGUCCCAGCUCCUAUCCCAGGCCCAGCCCAGAUCCCAGGCCCUAUCCCAGGCCCAGCCCAGAUCCCAGGCCCAAUGUCAGGUCCACUCUCAGGCUCAAUGUUAGAUCCAGGCUCGAGCCAAGGUUCAUUCCCCGCCCCCAUCUCAGGCCCAGGCCCAAUCCCAGACCCAGUCCUAGGCGGAGCCCUGAUGCCAGGUCCAGAAUCACUCCCAGCCCCAGCCCCAGGCGCCACGAGGCCUCAGAGCCCCAAUGCCUCCAACUUGUUGCCAGAAACCCAGUUAUUCCCUGACUUCAUGGAGCUGCUCCCGCCCAUGGACCUGUUCGAGGAAUCCUCACUCUUUACCUCGACAUCUCAGUAUGAAGAGAAGGAUGGCUCCGUGGAUGAAAAUCACUCAGUCCUUGGGUCAUUACUGGAUUUAUAGGGGGCAUGUGCCUGCAAAGUUCUUCAGAUCCCAGAGGGCCUGGAGUGGCUGGUCUACACUGCUGGUGACUUUCUGCAGUGAAUGCACCACCCUUUACC